AGAGACAGGCCUCGAAACAUUAUCCGUGAUAUCUGAAGCGAAUGGUACGGAAAUUGAGGAGGACAUAAUGUGGAGUUCUAACGAGACGACAAAUUUGCUGAAUUACAUAGAUCAAAAUUAUCACGCUUGGUUUUCGGGAAACAAAACGAAAUUCUAUAAACAACUAAUCAGUGAAGUUUUAAAGAAUAGAAAUCCAACGCAGGUUAAGAACAAGGUACAUAAGCUCCUCGCAAAAUAUCACAAAAUUCGCACGCAAAAAGCUUCUGGUGGGACUGCGCCGAAUUGGGCCUGGUACGCACGGAUGGAUCAAGUAUUUGGCCAACAUGGACAUACUCCACAGAAUAAUCUAUUAAUAAUGGGUGAUCCCAAGCCUACUAACAACAAUAAUCAUACCGGCGUAGAAUCUUCUGAUGAUUCUGAAGAAAAUAAACGCCCAGUAAAAAGGAGGAAACGUCUAACUCAAUCAUCACAAAUAGUACCACAAUCAUCACAAUCACAGCCACCACAAUCACUACCACUAACAUCACACACUACCUCCAAUAUUGCCAUCGCUUCUGCUGUCAAUCCGCCAGUCAUCAAUAACCUUGAUGAUUUUACUACUAAUGCAUCUACGAAGUCUGGUAAUAGUAAUUCCCCAUCUCGAAUUAUACAACCACCAAUUAUUAGACAUGUAAACACCAGUUCAUCAGAUUGGCUUGAGACAUAUUUAAAGGAAAAACUUGCAGCAGAACGACGUGAAUUGGAGAUCCAAAAUAACCUAAAAAAGGACAAAAUGCAAUACGACUUUCAGAUAGAAAAAGAACGGAUGAAACACGAAUUUGAAAUACAAAAUAAAAAAAUCGAGGUUGAAAAGAUAAACGCAGAAAAUACACAAAAAAAGCUGAAUUUGGAUCUCGAGCAUUUUCGUAUAAUAAAGCUGCAACUUGAGUUACAAAUGAAAGACCUUGAACUGAAAUUGAACCAACAACAGCUUCAAUUGCAAAAUAAUAAUGGUUAA